AUUUAUCUACCAAAACAUACUUGAGUCUCUUUAAGACAAGGUAGAUUGUACAUAAAGACAUCUAGACACAUAGAGAUAUGGUGAUACACCCAGGAAUCUACAGCUUUGUCUGUUACAGAUGUAGAGAAGUAUAGGAGAGGGAGAGAUCAAUAAACCAUGGCAUCUUCAACAAAGCUUAAAAUGUAGCCUGAAGAUGUGGUAGGUAAAGCUGAAACUUAAUGGGUGAAAAUACUCAAAGUUCAAAUUUGGAAGUUUGAUAUUGUAGCUUGUACCACUUUUAUCUUCUUCCCCACUCAUCUGGUGCAUAGUAAACAAUUUUCCUUCCAUUUGGGCGUAGGAGAAAAGAUUACACUUUACAAAGUUAAGCAUAGUGUUUAAGAUCUGCUAGGAGCUCUCCCCUGCAUUCUUGCAACAUUUAAAUCUAAAACUCACUUAACUCUUUGACUGGUUGACACAACCUCAGACUCUGAAGGCAACAUAUUCCUAAAGGAGAAAAGCUUGAGGCAAUUUAUCUAGACUUAAAGUCAGCUCUAAGCAAAAAAAAAGAAAAAAAUCACUCUAAGCAGGAAGCGUCUUUCAGAUUAGGUAGACAGUAUAUACACACAUAGACACAAGACACUAUUUCAGUUAUCCAUUCACUGGAACAAAUGCAUAACAAACAACCCUAAACUCAGUGAGGUAAAAAAAAAACAUUUUCAGAGAGAACUAGCACCAUGGUGUCCGGCUGCAGGAUUGGCCCGUCCAUCCUCAACAGCGAACUGGCCAGUUUAGGGGCGGAGUGCCUUCGGAUGCUGGACUCUGGGGCCGAUUAUCUGCACCUGGAUGUAAUGGACGGGCAUUUUGUUCCCAACAUCACCUUUGGUCACCCUGUGGUAGAAAGUCUCCGAAAGCAGCUAGGCCAGGACCCUUUCUUUGACAUGCACAUGAUGGUGUCCAGGCCGGAACAGUGGGUAAAACCAAUGGCUGUAGCAGGAGCCAAUCAAUAUACUUUUCAUCUCGAGGCUACUGAGAAUCCGGGGGCUUUGAUCAAAGACAUUCAGGAGAAUGGAAUGAACGUUGGCCUUGCUGUCAAACCAGGAACUACAGUUGAGUAUUUGGCACCAUGGGCUAAUCAGAUAGAUAUGGCCUUGGUUAUGACAGUGGAACCUGGAUUUGAAGGGCAGAAAUUCAUGGAAGGUAUGAUGCCAAAGGUUCACUGGUUGAGGACCCAGUUCCCGUCUUUGGACAUUGAGGUUGAUGGUGGAGUAGGUCCUGACACCAUCCAUAAAUGCGCAGAGGCAGGAGCUAACAUGAUUGUAUCUGGCAGUGCCAUUAUGAGGAGUGAAGACCCCAGAUCUGUGAUCAACCUGUUAAGAAAUGUUUGCUCAGAAGCUGCUCAGAAACGUUCUCUCGAUCGAUGAAACCACAAGGAGUCCAGUGUUUCUGCUUAUGAGAUCUCCUUUUUAUUGGAAAACAAGAAUAUUGACUACCAAAUUGUACCACAGUUGAGGCAGUGCUGCUUUUCCUAGCAAUUAUUCAUUCCAGUGACUAAAAUCCAUUUUGCAGAAUGUUCCAAGAGGUUAGAAAUUGGUAUGUAUUAUGUUUUCAGUGAUGGAAUUUAAAGAUUAGUGUGGUAAAAUACCAUUUUUACUGGGAGACUUGAUUUUUAUAAAGAGUAAAAAUAUGGCUGUAUCAAGGUUAUGAACAGAAAUGUGUCUUAAUGCCUAAGGAAGGCAUAUUAGCAACUAUGAAAAA